AUGAAAAAAUUGGACGAAGUUAUCGGUUAUUCAGGCCCAGAGCACGGCAAUCGAGUACCAUCUGGCAAUUCUCCGCCACCACGCCACCGAAGCACAAACUUUGGCACCAGAAAUGGCGUGGAUGCUCAACCGUCUCCGCGUUCGUUACGGCGAACUGGCAACAACGGUGGCUCUUUUUCCACCGAAUCGACACCGAAAUCCCCGCGGAUACCACUGGAAACAAGACCAAAACCUGGUGACUGGAGCAUGGAUGAUUCCUGGGAGCAUCCACCAGCAAGAAAACAACCUGAAUCCUUUCCACAAGAAAGUCCCGCCGUUUGCUUGAAGUGCCGCGAUUUCUCGACACCCGAUCAUCAUGCUUCGCGAUUCCCCCGACAAUCCUAUAAUAACAUUCGGCAAUUAGCCAUCGAGCUCACUUCACCUUUCUCAGAUCCCAUCGACAAGGCGAGGGCGAUAUUCACGUGGAUGCACGAGAAUAUCGCUUACGAUGUCGAGAAUUUCUUCAAUGGUACAGUUAAGGCAAGUACCCCAGAAGCCACGCUACGCUCUGGCCUUGCCGUUUGUGCGGGUUACGCAGAUCUCUUUGCCGCAAUGGCAUCACAUGCCAAUCUGAAAGCUGUUGUCGUGCAGGGUCACGGUAAAGGUUAUGGCUACUGUCGGGUGACUGAUGGCCGGAUCCCCAAAUUCAAGGCAGGUCACGCGUGGAAUGCGGUCAAGUUUCCCCAUGGCUGGCAUCUGAUCGAUUGUUGCUGGGGUGCCGGCAGUGUUAGUGAGCAAAAGUUCAAUAAACGCUUUGCUCCGUCCUUCUUUACGCAAUCGCCCGAGGAGUUUCGGUGUCGGCAUUUCCCAUCGAAAGCAUCAAAUCAGCAUUGCAGAGACACAAUAUCCUGGGAAACGUAUAUUCUCAUGGAUGAUGGACCGACAAUCUACAGGGAUUUCACGGAUGCCCGUGUCGACUUUUCACCGUACACAUUAGAGCCAGCCACACUGGUUCUAGCACCGAAAACUCGGUACCAGUUUCGGGUGACUCGAUCCUGUGAACAUCAAGGACAAACACCGUUGGUCGUGUUGCUCUGUGUGGAUGGGAAGGAAAAGCUUCCGUUGAGGAACGAUGGACGCGGUGGAUUGACCUGUACGGGUACAACGGGUUCAACAGGAACCACACUCAGCUUAAUGUACAUUACAAACCUUGAUGGAAAGCCUAGCGGAAGUUUCACCGUCGAUUAUUAUGAGUCGCGAGUCGGCCGAGCUGCCUAUUCAUUUUCCGGCCUCUGCCAAUGGACUGUUGGG